CUCCCCAUGGCUCCUUAUCACAUCCGCAAGUACCAGGAGAGCGACCGCAAAUGGGUCCUGACUUUGUUCUGCAGUGGCAUGGAGGAGCACAUCCCCACCACCUUCUACCACAUACUGAGGCUGCCCAGAACUUUCUUGCUCUUACUUGGGGUGCCUGUUACACUACUCCUGGUCUAUGGCUCGUGGAUCCUGGCUAGUGGUUGCAUCUGUAUACUUCUUUUCUUCCUGUGGUUCAUUGCUAAAUACCCUUGGAGACUGUAUGUGGCCACCUGUUUGCGCACAGACCUGGCUGACAUCACCAAGUCCUACCUGAGCUCCCGUAACUCCUGCUUCUGGGUGGCUGAGUGUGGGGGGCGCGUGGUGGGCAUGGUGGGUGCCUUGCCUGUCAAGGAUCCCCCCUUGGGGAAGAAGCAGUUAGAGCUGCUUCACAUGUCUGUGGCCUUGGAGCACCGAGGAAAGGGGAUAGCUAAAGCUCUGGUCAGGACUGUCCUCCAGUUUGCCCGGGACCAGGGCUACAGUGAGGUUGUCCUUGGGACCACAAUGUUGCAACAGGGGGCCCUGGCUCUCUAUCAGGGAAUGGGCUUCCAGAAGACUGGCCAGUCAUUUUUUACCAUAUUCAGAAGACUAACGGCUAUGCCUACAUUUCAAUUAAUAUACUACCUCUCUACUGGUCAGAAAGUGGGGCUAUAA